AGUAAGCGACACACAAAGUCGCACACGCUUUGCAGGCGAUGCGGUAACAGGGCUUUCCACAGACAACACAAGACCUGUGCGUCUUGCGGCUAUCCUUCGGCAAAGAUUAGGUCUUACGAGUGGGGGCUAAAGGCAAAGCGCAGAAAGACUACUGGAACUGGUCGUAUGAGGUAUCUGAAAGAAGUGUCGCGCCGCUUCAAAAACGGAUUCCGGGAGAACACAGUGGCUAAAAAACGUUCCAAGCCGACUGCUGAAGCAUAA